GGAGCGCCACCGUGCGGCUGGGAGGAGAGGUUGCAGCGCUGCCCUCAUGCAGAACGGCGUGGGAGUUCGAUGUGCCGGUGGUUGUUGUGAACGAGCGUGUCCCUUGUUGUCGGCGAUGCGACGGUAUUGCGGUAUCGGGACCGGCACCGACUGUUUCAACAUGUCUUGAGUGAAAAGUGACAGGGCAUUCAUUGCGCCUGAGGGAAAAAAGAAAUGCCGUUCUGAAAUUUCCCAAGGACUCAGUACCAAGGCAGAAUUGAAAGAAGAUACAGGCAGUUCUCCAAUAAACGGAGACAUGGCUGAUGCAGUACGCAUGACUUCAGUGAUCGACAAUGCUUAUUUGUCAAACUCUCGCGCACAAGCUGGCAAUGGAAUGAAGAUUUCCAGUGAUGAGCUAGUAAGCAAAUUAUCAAAUGUAAAAUACUAUUCCAGUUCUGGUGUGUUUCAGUCUGCAGUUGCUACUGGAAAGGAGUCAAUUCUGAGCAGAAAGCGGCCAUUUGUUGGGCGAUGCUGUCAUGUGUGUUCUCCAUUAAGCAGGGAUAAACUGUUUAAUGCCAGCAUCCCUUCCCAAGGACUACGGAAUGUUAUUUAUAUUAAUGAAACCCACACCAGAUAUCGAGGCUGGUUGGCCCGGCGUCUCUGCUAUGUCUUGUUUGUUCAGGAAAGAGAUGUGCAUCGUGAUAUGUUUCCCAGGAAUGUGAUUGAGAACGUUUUAAACAGCAACAGAGUGCAAAAGGCCAUUGUUGAUACAGUGACUGAUCGGAUGCCCGUGGAAACUCUUGUCCAGGCGGACCCCAAAGCUGUGAGUAAAAUAAAGCGAAAAGCUCGAGGAAUCCUUCAGCAAAUGGUGGCUAACGUCUCACCAGCUGUGAUCAGAUUGACAGGGUGGGUGCUACUGAAACUAUUCAAUGGUUUCUUUUGGAGUAUACAGAUACACAAAGGGCAGCUUGAAAUGGUUAAAAAAGCUGCUGCAGAGAAUGUCCCACUGAUCUUCCUACCAGUUCACAAAUCUCACAUUGACUACCUGCUGCUUACUUUCAUUCUCUUCUGUCAUAAUAUCAAAGCACCGCACAUCGCUGCUGGAAAUAAUCUGAACAUACCAAUUUUCAGCACACUCAUAAGAAAACUUGGUGGCUUCUUCAUUCGACGGAAGUUGGAUACUGGUGCAGAUGGAAGGAAGGAUAUUCUGUAUAGAUCUGUCCUGCGUGUGUACAUUGAGGAGCUUCUACGCCAGGGGCAGUUUAUGGAAAUAUUUGUGGAAGGCACACGGUCUCGCAGUGGUAAACCAUAUUUAGCCAUGACAGGACUUCUUUCUAUUGUGGUCAAUAGCCUCUUUGAGAAUAUAGUUACUGAUGUCAUGAUUAUUCCAGUGGGAAUUUCCUAUGACCGGAUCAUUGAAGGCAAUUACAACAGUGAACAGCUGGGGAAGCCCAAGAAAAAAGAAAGCCUUUGGGGUGUUGCACAAGGAGUCCUCAGAAUGCUUCGUAAGAACUUUGGCUGCGUCCGAGUAGACUUUGGGCAGCCAUUUUCUGUUAAGGAAUACAUUGAUGCUCAGAGGAACCGUCCAUUGCCUGCAACGCUUUCCUUAGAAGUUGUUCUUCUGCCAGCUAUUAUCACAGAUAGACCAGGCCUCAACCAUGUUGAGCAAGAGUCUGCGCCAGUUAUAAACGCCAGAGAUUUCUCAGAUGAGCAGUACAAGAGACAGGUGAUCUGCAGUGUAGCAAGACACGCACUUUACACUGCCAGCAGAUGUUCUGCUGUGAUGUCCACUCAUAUUGUUGCAUGUUUGCUGCUCUACCGACACAGGGAGGGUGUCCACUUAUCCAAGUUGGUAGAAGAUUUUUUCUGUAUGAAGGAGGUAGUGCUGGCUCGGGAUUUUGAUCUAGGGUUUUCGGGAAAUUCCGAAGAUGUCGUAACGCAUGCCCUACAUUUACUGGGUGACUGUGUCAAUGUCAGAAGCUCCCGACGAAAUAGUGAAUUCUUUAUUGCACCAACCACAACAAUUCCAGCCCUGUUUGAGCUGAAUUUCUACAGCAAUGGCAUUUUCCAGGUUUUUCUCACAGAAGCAAUACUUGCCUGUUCCCUCUGUGCUAUACUAAAGGAGAAGACUUCAGGGCCAGACAGAUUGGAUCCAACUGUCAGUCAAGAAAGGCUUAUUCGUACAGCUGCUGAUCUGUGUCACCUCCUUUCCAAUGAGGUGAUUGUAGGAUUGCCAUGUCAGCCCCUGUACCAGAUUUUCAACGAUGCUGUUGGAAAGUUCAUUCACUAUGGCAUCCUGUUAGUGGCAGAGGAGGAUCUCAGUCCCAGUCCUACAGAGGAGGCAUGGGUGAAUAAGUACCCAGAUGGUUUGUCUUGGAGAAGUGAUGAAGAAGAUGAUAGUGAUUACGGCGAAGAGCAACGUGAUCAUUACCUAAAGGUGAGCCAGUCUCAGGAUCACCUGGAGUUUAUCACUUUCUUACAGAGGCUGUUGGGUCCAUUAUUGGAAGCUUAUUUUUCUGCUGCUGUUUAUAUUCAAAGCUUCAGAGUUCAGGUUGAAGAAAGUGAAUACAUCAGCAAGUUUCACAAGUAUCUUUUAUCCCGAACCGAAAUGAAAAUUGCAGUAUUUGGGGAGAGUGCAACUUUCUGUCUUGCAAAAAGUGCAGUGAAAACUCUGAAGGACCUUGGGGUUUUUAAAGCACAGAAGAAAGGGAGCACAACUUUAGAACUGAGCAGCGCUUUUCUACCUCUCAUCAAUCGACAAAAGCUGCUGGAGUACAUUCUGAAUUUUACCAUGUUAUAGAGAAUGCUGAAUGGGCUGUGGUAAUUUAUUGACAUGAACUGGGACUAAUAAACCCAUUUGAAUCGAUUAUUUGACAUUUAAAAACUUAAAUGUAUACUUGCUGCAUUUUCUGAUUUAUUUCACUGUUUUAGUGAAAGGUGUAUGCCUAACUUGGUUUGGCUGCUUUCCUUCUUAGUAAUUUAACUGGUUUACCAUUCCAUUUAGUGUCAUCUUCUGUGUCUCUUGAUGCAGGCAUGUGGAAGCAUAAACCAUGAAAAGAUGAUUGCCAUUACGACCACAGCCGUGUUGAUGACACUGAAUUUAUGAUUAAUUUAGAAACAUCAGAAGUUUAUCAAACCUGUAGUGCUUAUGUCAUAGAUGCCCCUUUGAUUUGAAGUGGCCCCUCUAUUCCUAACAGGUUGUGGUCAUUAGCCAUGAAUUGUGUCAAAUUCAGUGUUAAUGAAAGUGUAUCAAAUUCUCAAGGGUUGGUACUCUAGACAGGUUUGUUGUGAUGUGCAAAAGUUCUAUGUUAAAAGCAAUUCUGCUGUGCUAAAACUUAACUGAUGGAAUAUUGUGAAUUCUGUGUCAUUGGGUUGUGGAUUAUUAUCUACAGAAAACAAUUCUUUUGCUUGUGCCAUCCUCCUGCAAAAUGGAAUAGUUGUUUUCAAUUAAGAGGGUAUCCAGAUGCUUGGCUAUGAGCUCUGUAACUCUUAGCACUGCACACAAUCUGAAAAUUAAUCAUUUGCUAAGUGACAAUCUGUAGAACAGGGGUUCCCAACCUGGGGUCCACGGAUAAGGUUCCAUUGCAUUAAAAAAAAGGUUGGGAACCCCUGUUAUAAAAGGAGUUCAUGAUUGCGAUUAGAGGAUUGUUACUACUUUCAAAAGAUAUGUUACCAAACAUGGCUCUGAGCUCAUCUCACACACCCUCCCCUCCCCACUGGUUAGCCCAAGUUGCUCGUUUUUUUAGCCCUCCAACGAGCAAACAUCCAGUUUCAUUCAUGAUUCCUAAAUGUAGGAGAGCUGAUUGGCUGAUCUGGUCAACCAAUACAUUAUGUAACAGGUAUGGCAGAAAGCUGUGAGUUGAUAUGCCUCAGCUGCAAAGAGAUAGGUAGAAGUAAUCUUGGGUUUUCCGUGCCUACAGGUCUUUCCCUUUGCUUUCUUUUCCUAUCCUCACCUCUCUUGACCUGAUUCGUAAGUCAAAAUUGCUGAUCCAUGCUCACAGUCUUGCACUGAUGGCUAAAAUUGGGUUAAUAGUUAUUCAAUCUAUACCUUGUAUGUGCUGGGCCCUAAAUUAUUGAUUGCCUUAGGGUUACAUAAGAAGUUUAACCAGUGUCUUUAGCAAUCAAAAAGAAAGCCAUAUCUUUGCAAGAAGAUCAUAUGUUUGCAAUCGGCAUUGUGACUUGGCAAUAAGAUAAUCCUUGCAAAGUAUAUUCAUUUUGUGGCAAGCGAUGGUCUAUGAUAAGUUGUGUAAGGUUUCCAAUUGAAACACUACAUUCAAAUCCAGCCAUGAAGGGCGUUGAACCCAAACUGACCUUUCUAACACUGCUUACAGAUUAGACACUGUGUGAUCAAAUAGUUUCACUGUAUGUGUGGAGAUGCAUGGUUUUUGGAUGGACAUCUGUCUGACAAUGAUUGAUCAGCCCUUGUACCUGUGAAGUGUGCAGUAGCAAGAUACAAGAUACAAGAAAAAUUUGUGCUACAGAUCGUAAUUUUUGACUGCUUUAUCUUUCAGAGAAAGGAUGAGCUAAGGCCAGCUCUUCACCCACUAAUUCCACACAUAAACCCCUAAGAGUGAGCCCUUUUAAUGGGUAUAACAUUUAUAACCACAAUAUUUUAUUUUUCUCUUGCAAAAUGGGAGACUUGGUAAUUUAUAAAUUUUACACUUGGAAUGUCAAGUGCUUUUAGUAAGAGAAAAUCAUUUCCAUAAGCAUUUCUACCUUGAAUUUUUUAAUAAAACAACAGUAAAUCUCACUGAUGUGCCACCAAAUAUUUCAGAAACUGAAAAAAAUGAAGACCUACAGCAUCAUUUAUUAAUGUUGAGAAGAAAUUCCCCAUGUUAUUGUAAAAUCUCUAAAUACUGAGGGGGGCAUUACAUUGUUUCAUUAUGAUGUAUUCAAGGUCUCCAUUGUAGCCUCUCCCUCAGGUGUGUUUAAAGCAAACUUGAGCUUAAAUUAAACUGUAAGUUGUGAUGAUCAAUAUCUCAUAUUAUACUUGAAAAGCUACUCAAAUCACUGGUCAUCAUCUUUGUGUUACACCAAAGAGUUCUCUUAUGUGUUGUAUGUUAACAUGCAUUUGUUCCUUUUUUUUCAAAAUCUAAAUAUCCAACUUCUGAUAUACGUAUUUAAUGUUUUGUGAAGAGACAAUGCUACAUGCUGCAUGAUAUGAUAUUUUGGUUCUAUCACUACUGAGCUUGUAAAUGAUUGCUGCCUCAUGGGCUACAGAGCUCUAAGGGAUAUCAGGGGUUGGUGGUGGCAAGUUAUUGAGUUGUUGUUUCAUAUAUUUCUGGUCUGGAAAAGGGUUUGAAGUUAAAAAAAACAUUACAGAAUAAAAACAAAAACGUUAUCUUGUAUUUUCUCUUUGACAACUGCUUUUUCUCAGCCAUCUGCAUUAUGUCAUGAUUUUUGUUUUUCUUUUGACUUGUUUCAGAAUUUUAAACUAUUUCUGACCUAAUACUGUGGUACAAAAAGGGAAAAGCUUUCUUUCUAGUGGUAUGAUAUUUUAAUUGUACACGUAGUGUAGCUUAGAAGUAUUGGGUUAUACAUAACAACGGACAAUUGUUGUGUGUAAUAAUUGGGUUAUGCAUGUUGUGCUUAUGUGUGUAGUGAAUUUCUCUAAAGCAUGGUGCAAACUGAAACGUAAUGUAAAAGAAGUGACUAUGCGAGGGUUUAGGUGACCUGGAAAGCAUGAGCUUGCAACAAUUGCACUGAUCUGAGCUCAGGACUCUGAAAUCACCUCGAUUCCUAGAAGCCUUAAUUAUAUGGUGCUUCCAAAUGAGAAAGAGAGCUUAAGCUAUUAUUAAAGCCAUACAGGAAAUAAAUCUCAUGGAUGUAACACAAAUAUUAACAACAGUUCACUGUCUUUUUAACCGUGCAGUGUGAUCUUUGUUUCUUCGAAGCACUGGUGAUAUCUGAAUCUAUUUCACCAUGUUUUACAUUUUGUGGCAAUGAGUGGUCUCCUAGAAUUGAUCUCAUCACUUUUUAAAAAUCUGUGUUAGCUUUCAACCAAUCAAUAAACUUUACAGGGUCACUGAUUGUGUGGUAAUGUCAGUAAACAUUCUGAAAUAACACUCCCCUUCCUGCCAGCAAAUUCCCAUCUUUCUCUGAAAAUUGUAGCUUGCCAGACUCCAGUCACAUGAAUUCCAUCAGUCUUCCAGUAUUUUCCUAAAGUGAAUAUCUAGUUUAAUAAUGAGCGUCAGCUCAGUAUGUUCCACAUCCACACUGACUAUCCCAGCUUAACUCAGUUCUGUCUUUACUUGAUAAUAGCAACUGUGCAUGUGUGUGUGUGCAUGCGCGCACACACACACACACACACACACACACACACACACACACACACAAAACACAGCACUCUUCAGGAAUUCAACUCGGCACCCUUCAGGAAUUCAAAACCAGGACCUAUGCAGCCUGAAUCACUUGACACUAUAGCAAGCACACUGUGCUUUCUGAGCCACCAGGGAAUUAUCUGAAUACAUUUUACUGAGUUCUCAUAUACAUUUCGAUUUUUAUGGUUUCUAAUCUAUUUCACUGUACUACUACAAUUUUAACUAGAUUUACUUCAUACUAUAUGAAGAAAAAAAUAGGUAAAGAAUAGCAGGUAUAUUAAUCUUUGGGUAAUUAUGUGUUAGUAGUAUCGUUUGCAUUCUGAAUGAUUUUGGGAUGGUUGUGGAUUUCAAGGGCAAAACAUACUUGUAUAUUACGUUAACUGGUCAAUCACCUACAUACUGCUUUAGCAAAAUGCUUGUUCUAUUUUUGGUGAUGGAAAAGUUUAAAUGUGGAGUUUACUGAUUUCUUUCUGAUGGUAACUGGUGAUAGUCUGAUCCAGUAUUUAGAUCAGUCCUGGAAUGCUGCAAUACUGAUAGGGUGGUGAUACAUACAAAGUGAAAUGUUAAGAUCAAAUGUUAAUUCUGUCGUUUUAAGUUUUUUAAUCUAUGGCUGGCCUUUUUUUGCUGCCAAUGCUGAUAACUGCUAAAGUCAAGUGUAAGUCUGAAUAGUUGCCUAACACAAUAUGUCUGCAGGAGUUCCCAGGCUAUUUAGGACUAAAAUAUAUAUUUAUCAGACCUACACCUUUUAAUUAUGUUAUUAAUUGUUAUACAAGCAUAGUUGAUUGAUUCUUUGUGAUUAAAAUAUUUAUCUAUUUAAAUUAUUAAUGUGAUGCAAUUUGAAGGUUACUAACCACUAAAGCCAAAUGUACAAAGCAAAAACGGUUUGUUCCCUUGACAGUUGUUUUGAGAAUGGCUGGAAAUGUGGUCCAAACGGUGUCCUGCUCAAGAUAGAGCCAAAGAGGGCACUGUUGUUUUUCUCUGUAUGGUUCUGAGCUGUUGUCUAUCUGUAUAUAGUGUUUGUUGUGGGAAUGGGAAGAGAGGAAUGAGUAAAUAUGCAAGCACUAAAAUUUAUUUUCCUUUUCUGACUUGUGUUUGAAUUGCAAUUACAGAAGAUUGAUCUCAAAUAUCCUACAUCUGGUUUGAGGGAAAGUGUUUUGUCACCUUUAUAAAAUAAACAUUUAUAAAACAGAUUGAUGGAUUGCUUUC